AAUUUUGGAGGUCUGAGUUUUUGUUGGGAGCCGCAGCCCCGAGCCCGGUCGCCUCACUUGGCGGACGUGAGGCCUGUAGUAAAGAGUAAAGCCUGAGGUAGAUUACCCCUCCCAUCGAGCACGUUAGUUUCCUGCUUACCGCGUAAGCAACCCGCUCAACAAUAUAGUCUGCCUGGCAACUGAUGAUGUUAGCCAAUCAGCUUGCCUUGCUUACUUUAACAUGAUUGGACACUGUAUCCGUAUAUAUACUGGUGCCACCCCUGGGGGGGAAAAAGAAGCCCGGAAGUAGAAGCCCAGAAGGAGCCGCGGGGAGCGGACCAAAGGAGGCUUCGGCUGGGAGCAAUCCCAGGGCAGGCUGUACGGAGAAGAAAAAUAAAAGAAAAGGUUGUCCACUGCCAGGCUUUGUCGUGUGUCCUUCCUGCCGGCCGGGAGCGGACAUCGACAUUUGGAGGCCCGCACGGGGACUGAUCACCCCCGAGACGUGACAGCGGACAACGCUCCAGUACAGAGCUGCGAGACAGGUGAGUUGGGGAUAAGCCUGGGCUCUGGGUGGCGCGCACCUACAGGGCUUUUAGACUCCCCUCAGGCUCACGCGUAAGUGGCGGAUUCCUUGGGCCUCACGCGGUGAGUAACAUAUUAAAAAAUGGGAAACAUGCUAGGUAGUAACAUUAAGAGCGAGGGUGGUUGUGGAGAAAGCUCUCAAGAGCUUACAAAAGUACGCAGGGUAUUUGAGCAGGCCCAGUCGGGGAGCUCCCGAGAGGGGCCCGUCAAGGGGAACAAAGAUGCUAAGGAGAAGGACGGGGCUCUAGCCUCGGAGUCGUCUGACUCCGAGGACGAGGGAAAGUUGAAUGACAAGGAGGCCAAAGAGACCAGCUGUCAGGAGCCUAAGUCGCUCGAUAAGGAGUCGCAAGGUUCUUUCCCAGCGUUGCGCCGUGAAUUGCGCUCCGCUCAACUUGGUCUGCGGAGGAGUAGAGAGCUCCUGAGCGCUCCCCGGCGCGAGAGGGAGGCGAAGCCUUCCGCCCCACCUUGGGGGCUGUUCCCGGAAGCGAUCCCUCGCCACGAGGCGGCCGCCCGGGAGCUCCCUUCCUCUUCGCCAGAACAGGAAGUGAUGCACGGGCCCCCAUUUUCCGCCCAAUCACGGCCGCCGUCUUAUGCUCCGCCGCCGGCGGGUCGGUAUUUUUACAGGCGGCUUUGGCAGGGGGGACGUUUGUCUCAUGAGGUACAUCCACCACCUGGGAUAGAUAGUGGCCCCUACGGGAUAUUUCCUGUACAAGUAGCUAUGGGCCAGGGACGUAAUGCAUGGGAGCCUUUUGAGAUAAAGCAGAUUAGAGAACUUAAAAAUGCAGUUACAACCUUUGGGCCGACUGCGCCUUACACCAUUGCCAUGCUGGAGAACCUGUCUUCUGGGCCCCUCACCCCCGCGGACUGGAUUCAGCUGGCAAAGGCGUGUCUGCCCUCGGGCAGUUACCUGGAUUGGCGAGCCUGGUACGCAGAGUUCUCUGCAGAGCAGGCUGAGAGAAACGCCAAUCGGGGAAACCGGGGGUGGAACAAGGAAAUGCUUAUGGGAGAAGGUCGGCACGCUGAUGAUCAGACUCAGUUCCCCGGCGCUGUCUAUGAACAAAUCAAUGCCAUAGGGCUCCGCGCCUGGAAGCAGGUGAGUGGCGCCGGAACAGCCUCCUUGUGUCUUUCAAAAAUAAUUCAGGGUACCACAGAGCCAUUUGUUGACUUUGUGGCCCGAAUGCAAGAUGCUGCCGAUAAGAUAUUUUCUGAUCCGGGAGUGGCUCGACCGCUGGUAAGGCAGCUGAUUUUCGAGCAAUGUACAAAGGAGUGCAAGGCAGCGAUAGCUCCUCAUAAGAACAAGGACCUCAACGCCUGGAUUAGGAUAUGCAGAGAGAUAGGGGGGCCGCUCUCCAACUCGGGAGUGGCUGCUCUCCUGGCCGCGGCUGUACAGCAGAGGGGACCUCGCGGGUUAGAAGGGGAAUGUAAGGCUAAAGGGUGUUUUGCCUGCGGGGAGCCAGGACACAUUAAACGUCAUUGCCCAAACAAUACAGAUGCUAGGCCUCGCCCUAGGAAUGAAGAACCAUAUGUUUGUGGGCGAUGCAAGAGGGGAUCACACAAAGCUGAGGAGUGUAGGUCGGUCUUUGAUGCUCAGGGCAACCGUAUUUGUGGACGAGAUGCUAGAGGGCCAAAAAACGGCCAGAGGGGGCCCCCUUCACAGGCGGGCCCCCGCCCCAGGGACAGGACAGCUCAGGAUGGCAGCCUUCAACAAGGGCCACCCCUGGGUCAGCAGGUGUGGACCUCAGUGUCGCCUCCAGACUUAAUAUUGUCUCCGAUUCUAGGUAUGUGGUCAAUGCUAUGCAAGUGCUUGAGACUGCCGGUUUAAUUAGAUCCACUUCCACAGUGGCUGGGCUGUUCCUGUCUAUCCAGACAUUGCUUCAGAACAGACACCAUAAGGUCUUCACCACCCACAUAAGAGCACAUACAUCCCUGCCAGGGCCCAUGGCACAGGGGAAUGCGGCUGCUGAUACUGCCACUCGCCCGUUAUGGAUUUUUACCUUACUAACACCAAUCGAGCGAGCCCGUGCCUUCCAUGAUAAGUCUCAUGUCAAUGCCAGGACACUAGCAAACCAUUUCCAUGUUUCCAGAGCAGAUGCACGAGAUAUCGUGCGACUAUGUGACUCCUGUGCCACAUACAAACCUGCCAUACCGAUGGGAGUAAACCCUCGAGGUUUGAUCCCUGGUGAUGUUUGGCAGAUGGACAUCACACAUAUACAGGAGUUUGGGACUCUUAAAUAUGUUCAUGUUUCCACAGACACCUGUUCUCACGUCAUAUUCGCAACAGCAGAAACAGGUGAAAAAGUGUCUAAUGUGAUCAAUCAUUGCCUGGCGGCUUGGGCCGCAUGGGGCAAACCAAAAAUAUUAAAAACUGAUAAUGGACCAGCCUAUAUAGGCAAAGCCUUCAAUGAGUUCUGCAAAAUGAUGGAGGUUCAAUUAAAACAUGGUAUCCCAUACAAUCCCCAAGGUCAAGGAAUCAUUGAGAGGGCUCAUAGAAGCCUCAAAGAAAUUUUACAAAAACAAAAAGGGGGAGUAGGCCAAGGCCUGGCCCCAAAGGCGCGAUUAUCCAUGGCACUAUUCACACACAAUUUUUUAAAUUUAAAUAAUGAUAAUUGCUCCCCAGCCGUGGAGCACUGCAACCCUUCCCCCAACCAUAAAGGGUGGGUGAAGUGGAAAGAUGUCCUGACAGGACAAUGGAUGGGCCCGGAUCCAGUGGUCAGCUGGAACCGAGGCGCGGUUUGUGUUUUCCCACAGGAAUCGGGACGAGAACCACUGUGGGUACCAGAGAGACUGACACGGGCGACAAAGCCCUCGACUGAAGACCAGACCUGCCCUACCGGAGAUCCAUCAGAGACCGACCAACAAGAUGAAUAGAAAUAGCGGUAGCCCGAAAUGGACAAGAAGAUCCUCAGGCAUAUGCAUGGCUCGCUCGCCUAGCCUACGACCGAGUCUAGGGGUGGCUGCACAAGUGUGUUUGAUGCUCUCCCUCAUGACAAAGGACUACUACCUACCUCAAGUUACCAGCUGAUCGCAGACCUCUUCUUCCAUCUAAGGCCAAUUUCUUGCACUUACCGGAUCUGUACUGAGGCUAGCAGGCCUGGGACCCUGCUGAUAAAGUUCUCCAGUCCUGGAGCUUCCCCAGGAUAGAAGAACUGGACAGAAAGAUACAACCUGGAUUUGGAGGAGGAAGAGAUAAGCUCAGGAGAGCCCACUUAUCUCUCAGUAUUCAGGUCUGUCAGUGAUCUCUUCGAAUAACUUGUAAUGGGAGCUCUGAUAAGUCUGCUAUUAAUAUCUGAAAUUCUAUUCCCAGCUUCAAACUCCAGACUCUUACCUAUGACUGUCCUCUGUGCCUUUUCAUGAUUAUCUAGUUGCCAGCUCACAUUUACUAUAUCUACCCUAUACUUGCUACCAUUUCACUUGUUGUCCUCUAGUCCUCUUUCAGGUCUAUGAUAAUCCAUGGUAACACUAUACAGUUGAUCUGGCCCCAAAGCCACUGUCAGUCAUGGUUCCAUUCUUUCCCUCACUCAUCAAAUCCACUCUGAGAAAGCUCUUCAGAUAACACACCUGCCAUAUACACCGCCAGUUUGGACUCUUCUCAUGCUUCACACAGCUGUAGCUCUUGAACCUACAAUUUAUCUUGCAAAUUAAGUCAUCACUGAAUACAUAAUGUAAUUGCAUUGGUCCUUACAAAACACUUUCCAGUGGCCUAUUUCAGGGAAGAUAAAAUCUCAAAUUGGUACCCUAGGGAUCCUAUCUUUCUGAUGAGCUUGUUGUGAGGCCAAACACCUCUAUUUAUCUCCGUGGUAGUCUUUUUCAGUAUUGUGGAUUGAAGCCUACCCUCAAAAGCAUUUUUGAAAAUAUUUGAGAAAGGGUCUUGCUAAGUUGCCCAAGCUGGGCUUAAAUGUGCACUCCUGCUGCUUCUCACAUCCACUCCCCAGAGAGUGCUGGGCUUGUGGACACAUGUCACCACAUCUGUAUUCUGUAGUAAUAUUUUAACCUGCGUCAUAUGAUUGGGUGCUGUGAUUGCUUGUCAUUGGAUAUCCCGUUAAAGCAGAAAUCCUGACCUAACUGCAACUAUUUUGGACAAUCAAUCUUAAGUCAUUCUGUUCUCUGCCACUGAACUUGGCUAAAUCACUUGAGUCAUUAUCAAAUUAUAAUUUCUAUAUAUGUGCCAAAAUCAGUUUUGCUGCAUACAGCUGUGCUCACCACAGAUACCCAUUGUACUGUCACCUUUGGCUAUUCUUAUCUUAGUUGUUUUUAACUUGUUUCCACUCUGUAAAAGACAUACACUUUUUGUCAUCAGUACAUCAGACUUUGGAGACUCCUCCUCUCGGGUCUCCUGGCAUUAAAUAAAGUUUCUUUUCUUUUCCUAA